CAAACAAUAGAAACUUCAUGACCACGUGCAACACGCAAACAGCUGACGGUCCCAAAUCCUAACCUUGCAGUAACUUAUUGUAUAUUAAUAAUGUACUGCAAGUAAUAAAAUUAGUUGUGACGAUUAAUUUAAAUGUAACUGCUAUCAAACUACUUCUGUAAUUUAGAUUCUUAAACGGUUUGCUUGGUUAUUAAAACACAUGUUGGUGGAAAUAUUGUGUUCAUUUGUUUAAAAAAAGGCGUUUAUUGUUUGUAUCUUAUAACUGUUAUUGAAAUGCCGCCAAAAAAAACUCAGUUUUUUGAAUGUGCUGUUUGCGGUGUUAUCAUUGCUCAGAAGUACAGAGAGCAACACGAAACUACUUGUCCAUGUUCUCCUUCCAACAUAUCUUACCCUUUUGUUUAUAAAAAUAGUUUAUAUGGAAAUAUAGAAUUAAAAUCCGACAAAGAAACAAACAAUUCUUCAAUAAAUGAUGAAUUUGUUGUGUUUUUAAGUCAAUCCAUAAUACAAAUAUGUGGUUUAAGUAUAGGUGAAUGGGCGUUAAUAGAAAUAUUAGGAAAAAAUGCUUCCCCUUUCGCAAAACUGGUAUGGCCUUCAAGUGAAAAAUCACUUACAUCUAUUAUAUUAACUAAAAAAGGAAUGGAUAUUUUCUCAGGUCAAGAUUCUGAUUUCGUAAAACUUUCAAAAUUAAAUUGCAAAGCAGAUGCCAAAGAGAUUACCAUAAUCCCGAUAAAUAAUCUCAAUAUUCAAAUCUCACCGGAAUUAAUUAAUAGAAUACAAAAUAUCUAUCUAAACAAAUUGUUAACAGUGGGAAAUACAAUCAACGUCUUAUUUUUUGGAAAAACUAUUCACUUUAAAAUUGUACACAUUAAUAGCUUCGAAUCUACAAUAGAAGACGAAUUCAAGAAAUUAUCAAUUGUCGAAAAUACUUCUGUUUUUUUCAAUGUUUGUAAUAAAACCAAAUGGAAAUUAUUUUGUACCGAACACGAAUUCAUCAAAGAAACGUAUCCGAAAAACGAUUUACAAAAUGUAGGCGGUCUAGAUAAAGAAAUAACCGAAGUUAAAGAACUUUUAAAUAUUGCAUUAGGAAAAUCAACAUUCAUUCCUGGUUUACAAAUAAUUAGAAGUAUUGUCCUAUAUGGAUCACCUGGUACAGGCAAAACACUACUAGCAAACGCGUUAGCAAAAGAUAGCGGUGCACAUAUUGUUAAUAUCAGUAUGAUAGAAAUUUACAGCAAGAAGGAUAAUAGUCCAGAAGAAAAUGUAAAUGACUUUUAUAAAGAAGCCGCAACUUGCUUUCCUUCUGUUAUUAUAAUUGAUGACAUAGAUACCCUCUGCCCUGCAAAAACAUCAAAACUGAAUGAAAAUGAAAAACGUAUAUCGGCUAGUUUGUUCAAAAUAUUUGAAGAUUUGUGGAACACGCAAGACGCUCAAAUUUUCGUAAUUGCAACAACAAAUAAAUUAGAUUCCAUUGACGCGUCUUUGCGAAGAAGUGGACGAUUAGACAAAGAAAUUGAAAUCCCGAUUCCUGGUCCCACGGAAAGAUUUGAAAUUCUUAAGAAAAUAUUGAUAGAUACUGCUAACAUCUCAGAUAAAGAGCUGACUUCUAUUACUAGCUCAGCCCAUGGUUUCGUAGGUUCAGAUUUGAAAUCUUUAUGUUCCACAGCUGCACUACACGCAGUUAGAAUGCAAAAUCCUGCAAUCACCUUAGAAAACCUGAAGUAUGGCUUGACUAAAACUAUCCCAAGCGCUAUGAGGGAGAUACAAAUUGAAGUUCCAAAUGUAAAAUGGGCAGACAUUGGAGGACAAGAAACUUUAAAACUGAUUCUAAAACAGUCAGUAGAAUGGCCAAUAAAGCAUCCCGAAAUAUUUGCGAGGAUGGGUGUAACUCCUCCAAAGGGAGUUUUAAUGUUUGGGCCUCCUGGAUGCUCGAAAACAAUGAUAGCUAAAGCACUUGCUACAGAAAGCAGUUUAAACUUUAUUUCUAUAAAAGGUCCUGAAUUGUUUAGCAAAUGGGUGGGAGAAUCGGAAAGAGCAAUUCGAGAGGUGUUUAGGAAAGCUAGGCAAGUUGCCCCGGCGAUAAUUUUUUUUGACGAAAUUGAUGCUAUUGGUGGUGAAAGAUCUUCUGGGAGUACAACCAAUGUUCAAGAGCGAGUCUUAACUCAGCUCCUUACAGAACUAGACGGUGUCACUCCACUGGAAGACGUAACCGUUGUUGCAGCAACAAAUAGACCCGAUCGAAUUGACAAGGCACUCUUAAGACCCGGAAGAUUGGAUAGGAUUGUAUACGUUCCUCUACCCGACUCCCAUACAAGAUUAGAGAUAUUUAAGAUAAAGUUGUCCAAAAUGCCGGUUGUAAAUGUAGAUAUAAACGAACUAGUUGAGAAAACUGAGGUUUACUCUGGUGCUGAAAUAAAUGCGAUCUGUAACGAAGCUGCUAUGAAAGCGCUAGAAGAAGAUCUCCAAACAACAAAAAUCGAAAUGAAACAUUUCUUGGCCGCACUAAAACUUAUUAUCCCACGUACUACUGAAAGUUUGAUUAAAACUUAUACAUCUUUUAUAAAACAAAGCUGAAUAAAACGAUACUUUUAUAUAUUU